CUGUAGUCCAGUCGCUCUUCCAACUGGUCCAGCUUCGUCGACCGUCAGGAUGUCUGAAGUGCGGCUACCGCCGUUACGCGCCCUGGACGACUUCGUUCUGGGGUCGGCGCGUCUGGCGGUCCCGGAUACCUGCGACCCGCAGCGAUGGUGCCACCGCGUCAUCAACAAUCUUCUCUACUACCAAGCCAACUACCUUCUCUGCUUUGGCUUGGGUCUUGCGCUGGCCGGGUACUGGCGUCCACUGCACACCCUGCUCAGCGCGCUGAUUGUGGCUGUGGGCCUGGGUGUGCUAGUGUGGGCAGCUGAAAGCCAAGCAGCUGUGCGUCGUUGUCGCCGCAGCCACCCCACAGCAUGCCUGGCAGCAGUCCUGGCCUUCGGCUUUCUUGUCCUCUGGACUGUGGGCGGCGCAUGCACCUUCCUGCUCAGCAUUGUUGGGCCUGUGCUAUUGAUCCUUGUCCAUGCUUCUUUGCGCCUGCGCAACCUCAAGAACAAGCUCGAGAACAAGAUUGAGAGCAUUGGACUGAAGCGGACACCAAUGGGGCUGCUGCUAGAAGCUCUGGGACAAGAGCAGGAGGCCGGAUCCUAGGGCCCUAAAAUCUGUACCCAAGACACCACCCUACAACCAAGAUCUAGAAAACACCAUCCCACAACCAACACCUCCCUGUAUAGGGAACCCGGAGCCAUUUCCCACCCUUAAGAUCCCAUCUCCAGUCCUUCAAUUCAUAAAGCAAGACAUCUCCCUUUAGGCCCCAUACCUGGCAUCUUCCUCAUUAUCUUAAGGGACCAGUUUUCUCUAGCCCUGGCUUCUAUAUCACCCAUACCCAACCCCAAACUGGGAUUUAGGACCAGAAUAUCCAUCCAGCUAAUCUAGCCCCAGCAACUAGCUUGAGAAACACUCCCCUGCACCCCUAAAGCUAGGAUCUGAAACCAAGACAGUCUCCAAUCUUGAACUCUUGGACAAAGGUUUUUCUUAACCCCACCCCAGCUCUGAACCCAGAUGAGGGCAUUGCCAAAUCUUGAACUCAAGACCUGGGUGUUUCCAACCCUCAUCUAAGGGGAGGAUUCAAGUAUCUUAUAAGUCCCUCCUAUACUCAUCAAUGUCCCACUCUUCCAUAGUCCCCCCUAGUGGUGAGGGCCAAAAGGUGUGGCAGUGGAGGUCAGCCUGCGCAAUGAGGCAUAUAUAUCAGUGUUGCUGCAAUAAUAAAGGCUGUUGCAUUGUUCGAGCCAAA